CCAACUGCACGCCACUGCACUGCACGCGGAACGAACGCGAAGCUCUCUUUUAGCCAGCAAACAAAGAAGACGAAAAAGAAGGUGUAGUGUCGUCUGUCGUCUGUUGUCGGUCUCUCUCUGUCGUCAGUAACCGUUGAUCUGCCCUGUCGUUUUCCAGCUUGAGCGGGGUGGCACUCUUACAAUGGAGACGAAUGGCAGUGAGCAGGAGUUUUCAAUGGACAUUGGAAAGGAACAAGAGAGUGACACUUUACUGGAAGGACAGAUAAUUAACUCUUCCGACGGCCUCCCAAACAUCCAUCCAAAUUUUUCUGAGCUUGAACUCCAUCCUAUUGUCAGUGAUGAAAGACCAAAUGAUGGUGAAGUACGGAGCCUUGAUGAGCUCAUUCAUGAUGAAGACUUACCUACCUCACUAAUUGUCACAAAUUUAGGCAGCUCUGUGUUUGAAAAUGAAGAUCAGAAGAUUCAACUUGAGGCAAUGUUUCGUGCAUUUGGCGAACCUGCCACAUUCCAAUUUUUCCGUAGCUUCAAAAGGCUCAGGGUUAAUUACGGAUGCCCAGCAUCAGCUGCUAAGGCUCGGAUUCAACUGCAUCAAACUCAAUUUGGGGACAGAAUUAUUAACUGUUACUUUGCUCAGACUGUGUCACCAGUUGAUAUCGAAGAUCAGAGACUCCAACUCCCACCACUGACCAAACAGUUCCUCAUAUCACCUCCAGCAUCGCCUCCUGUAGGCUGGGAGCCUCACACUGAGGCUGAACCUCUCGUCAAUUACGAUUUACUUGCUGCCAUAUCAAGACUUACCCCAGGAGAUUCAUAUCAACUGCACGCGCCAUCGGAGCAUCACCCUGGAAUAGUUGUUCAUGUUUGUGAAGAGGAAUCUCAUUAUAAACCAGAAAAUCAAACCCCUCUGAAAGGCAGGAUACCCCAAACACGCUGCCCAGAUCAUAAUUGAGAAAAUUUUAUUACAGUUAAGUUGAAAUGCCUUACGUGAUCUACUCUCUGCAAAUUAUCUUAUAAGAUAGUUGCACCUCUUUCAGUAAAAAUAUGUUAUCAAACAGCUUUUGAUCAAAUAUGAACCUUCUUUUUCCAACUUUAUCUAUGGUUCACAUAUCAAAAUCAAAUUUUGCUUUGCAAUUUCAAGUACUGUACUGUAAAUAAUCAAAUGGUGCCCAAAGCAACGCAGUCCUAGACACUCCUUAGAAUCAUGAUAAGAACUCAGGACACACCUUAGUGUUGACUCCCUGUAAAAAUAUUGUUUUGCCUGAUGAAUGUAAAUAUGCAGUGUGGGUUUUCUCUCAGCUUGCUUUGUUUCUUGUCAGUUAUAGAUAGGAUAAGAUUUUAUUCAUUAAAUUGUUGACUAUAUCAUCAGAGGUUUUGUUGCAGGUUGGGAAGUGAAGAGUGUUCCGUGGUUGAAGGUGUGACAUCAUAGAAAAUAAUUAGGGCUCUUACUCUUCCAUUUACAGUACUUCUAUAUCUUUGUUGGGAUAGCCUGACAAAUUAUCACUAUCCUGUAAGAAAUGUUGCAUUUGCAUACUCAAUGUGGGGAUGAGCCCUUGCCAAAAGAAAACAAAAUUGUCAAGUAUCCUUUAAAGGAAAAAUAAUUAGGGAGACUUUAUGUGUGCACUGCUGGUUCUGUGUAUUUUAGAUUAAUCCCUAUUCCCCCACUAUUGUAUUUGUUUCCUUAAUCCUGCACAAAGCUGCUUACUCAUAUUUGAAUUUUACAGUGAAUAUAUAUUUUCUUCCUCUUUAGUUUUGUUGAGGUAGUGGUGUUCUUUGUAUUAGAGUAGCAUUGGAGUUAUGUACCUAUUAAUGCAUCACUGGCCUUGGGGCAAAAGUUUGCCUGUGAUUAGUGUAUUUUUGUGAAUAUAUUCCAAGAUGUUUAAAAUGAAUAAUAAUGUAACUAUGUAUAGAGAAGAAAGAUAUAAUUGUAUUUGUACAGUGCUCAGUUUGUAUCAGAAGACCAACCUAAAAUGAGUAAUAUGGUAAUGCUUUUUUUAUUUAACCUGAUUUUACAUAGCUACAAUCAAGUACACUACCUAUGGUGUUUUUUUAAAUUAUGUGUUGUUUGUUUUAGUUCCUUUUCUUUCCAGAGUACUCUCAGAGCACAGAGAAAUGAAAGCCAGAAGAACCACACCAAUUACUUUUAGAGUUGUUUUAAGUGUUGUUUUCCCAUGCAUCAGAUGUCUCAGGAGAAAAAAAGCUAAACUUAUUCAACUUCAUCUCGUUUUCAAUGAUUUUCACUUGAGCUUCAAUUGGAAGAAAUGCUUCACUGACUGAAAACUCUGGCAAUAAAUCCCCCCUUAUUGGCUUGUGGAAAGAGAAAGAUUUCCUUUCCAAGAGUAACUAGUGAAAUUAUAUUUUUGGGAAUGAAAUGUUUUCCUUCUCCACUUUCAAAGCAAAGCGUUUUGUGUAUGUUAAGUAAAAUUUAAAUGUCUCAAAUUUUAGCCUUGGGAACCUUUUUCACAUCUCUGAAAUCUCAGCUUAUGGAAUGUUUGUUCACCUUGUUCAGUAACAUUUUAUCUUGAGCAUUUCUUUAAACAUGCUGUGUUUAAAUUAAUUAGUGUAUGAAAUGUCUAUAACAUAUAUUUAAGGUAAUGGCUGUGCUGUGCAAUGAUGUUUAUCUCAUAUUUCCUAUAGGAC